AUGUCGCGUAAUCAUGCAAUAAUUGCCGAGGGCAAGACGCAGGUGAGCAUGGCAGCAUGCAAGAACAUCCAGUUGGAAUUCAUGGCGGAUGUGGGCGGCUGUGCAGUACUGUGGGGUGUUGAUGAGGCGUUCCAGGCGUCCGACCAAAGGUUUUAA